AUGUUCAAGAAGAAGCCCACCAUCAAAAACCUUUCGCCGCUGCGGUCUUCAGACCGUCGCAAGAUUGCUGACCAAAUUAUCAGCGAUUACAAGAUCGAGAUCCCCUCAACGCCUCCCGCGGAAUCCAGCGACAAUGCCGCACCCGCAAACCCGGCGCAACCAACCCUCUCAUCCAUCCGCAAUGCCCUCCUCCCCGAAAACUGCCUAUCGGCACGCUUCACAACCACCGCCGGCCCUGACCUGCGCGAAGUCCAAGGCACAGUCUACGUCGGCACGCACGACGACAGCGAGGAACGCGUCCUCUGGUUCAAGAUCGACCAAGGACCCGGCGCGGAGAAACGUCUAUACCCCACCGUCUAUACGCUGUGGCAUAAUCCGAACAUCGUGCCGCUGCUUCACACGCCGGAGCUUGUUAUGCGGAAACUACGCUCUGGUGCGGAUUUGAUGACGCCUGGUCUGGCGAAUGAGCCGCCGUUUGAUGAGCGCGCGGUUAAGGGUGCGGUUGUUGCGGUUGCGAGUCUGGAUCGGGAGACUGUGCCGCGCUUUGUGGGAAUUUGUGAGAUUGAUGUUUCUGCGCUUGGGGAGGUGCAGGGAACGAAGGGGCAUGCUAUUAGGGGGAUUCAGUGGGAGGGGGAUGAGGUGUGGGGUUGGAGUCCGUCUUCACGGCCUGGUGUCCCUGCGCCGGAGUACUUGGAGGGGUGGGAUGAGGAGGUUACGGAAGAGGGGGAGGCUGGAGAGAUCGAGGAAGGUGUUGAAGGGUUGGAGUUGGAGGAUAAAGGCGAGCAGGAAGCUGGCGAGGCAGACGCUGGAGAGCCAGCUGAAGAAGAGGCCGGAGAGCCUGUUGUUGAGAAGGAGCCUACCACAAAAGAAAUCGACGACGCGUUUGAAAAAGCUUUUCUUUAUUCCCUGUAUAAAUUGAAACAGGAUAACCCUUCUGCUCCUAACCACGGUCUAUCUCUCCCCAUAUCCCCGUCCGCCUUGAUAGCGAACAUGAUCACACCAUUCCUUCCGAUAUACACUGCACAGCAAGCUCAAUUCUAUCAGAUCAAAAAGACGAGCUGGAAGAACGUCAAGAAGUUCAUCAAAUACCUCGACAAGCAGGUACUGGUGAAAGCAAAAGACCGCAGCGGACAGGAAACGGUCAUCCUGGACGUGGACUUCGACGAUCGUCGAGUCAUCAAUUUCACUCCGUACCGGCUACCAAAUAAGAGCGCGAUUGAGGGCACAGGGAAGACGUCAAAUGCAGCUGGCAAGAAGCCCGUAGCAAGCACAGAUGGCGACCCUGCCGUCGGGCAGACACUCACAGUGCAAACCCUCUACCGGCCAACAGCUAAGCUAACCCCAACAAUAUUCCCUCCCCUAUCCAGCACGCACCCCAGCAACUACUACAAAUACUCCGACGUCUCCAAACAACUAGAUCAGUAUAUUCAGUCCCAAGACCCUUCGAUUGUCGACCCCCAGAACAAACGAAUCCUCACCCUCACGCCAUUCCUCGCCAACACCAUCUUCUCAUCUUCUUCAGCCGAGGACCGAAACACUCUCGCCCGCGGCAAGACAACACGCGAUAUGCUCUUGAAGAAACUAGUGGAAGACCCAACUCUACUGGCGCCGCACUAUGUCAUCCUCAAGCCAGGCCAAACGCUCUCCGACGUGAAGCCCAAAGCCGGCGCAGCGCCAAAAGCCAACAUAACUGUCGAGCGUCGCACAGGCUCCAAGACCGUCACAAAGGUUUCCAACCUGGAAGUCUUUGGGAUUCUCCCGAAUCUGCUAGCUGAGGAGCUCCAGAAGAAGUGCGCCAGUAGUACGAGCGUUUCCCAGGCCAACGGAGCCGCGAAGGGAGUCAUGGAGGUCCUUGUGCAGGGUGACCAGCGCAAGGCUAUAGAUACCGCCCUUACUCGCCGGGGCCUGAAGUCGCAGUGGAUUGAUGUGGUUGAUAAGACGAAGAAGAAGAAAUAG